GUAUAAGAAUAGCGUCCGAAUUCUUAUACAUACGCUCAAAAUUCUUUAAAAAUGGAUUCAAAAAAACCGUAUAAAUACUCUACUUAUUGCUUUAUUUUUCUCAAUUGUAUUCUCGUGGUGUUUCAACGGCAUUUCGGUUUUUUUGCCACAAUGGAAUGUAGAUGACACGGUAGAUCAAGUUAGCCUUUUUCCGCUGGAUUUACUGAACAACCCGCCAUACUUCAGUGCGGUCGCAUUGAUGAUGCUUCUUUCGUUUUGUGCAACUGUAGCUAUCUCUAUGUUUUACAUUUUUUCUUUAUUCGCAACACUUCGCCGUUCGAGUCGUGCAUCUAAAUUCGGGUUUCUGAUCAUUGCGGGUCUCACGUCGUUGGCUGGACUUCUUCAAAUAAUUUCAUUCAUUGUGAUUGCGAUCGAAACCACUAGCUGGUACCCUGUGAUAAUGGGAGCAUGUGAAUUCCUAGCCCUUCUUUCAGGACUAAUCGAUUGCCUAAUGGUACUUCCUCUGUCGAUUAUUCUAUCAAGGACUGAUUUCAAAGCAGCUAAAACUGCAGAUCAAUGGGAAGCUGAGCUCGAUGAGUGAAUUUUAGGAUUUUACUCUGUUAUGCGUUUUAAUUUUUUAAAUAAUAAACAUAUAAAAUCUGAAA